AGCGCCACGGUCUAUUUUGACAACCUGCAAUCCGGGGAAGUCGCGCAGCUGCUCAACAGCAUGGGCCACCACACGGUGGGCUUGCGCUUGCAACGGAAAGGGGACAAGUCUCCGCUGCCGGGACAGUCAUGGUCACACGACGUGUUUGCGGCCAGCAGCCCAGAAGUCGUUCUGAGUGGAGAUGAUGAGGAGUACAGGAGGAUUUACACAACGAAAAUCAAACCCCGGCUGAAGUCGGAGGAGGUGGUAGAAACGGAGUGCGGUGGAACGCAGAGCAGGACCAUUACGGUCACCAGGAAAGUGACGGCGUACACGGUUGACGUCAGUAGGCAUGACGGAGCGAAAGACGUCGACGUCAUCGGCCCAGACUUCAAAAUCCGGAUCCCGACCAAGGAGGUCACCCACGUGACGAAGACCGACAUUGAAGCAGGACCUGGGAAAACAGUGAUCAAAAUGGCAGCGGGGGAUGUGCCUGGGAGAAGCACCCAAGCCACAGACUGGAGCAUGGACAUCAGAGGGCCCGGGAUAACCGUGUCGGGAACGCAAACGAUGGGCGUUCACCUGAGCACUCAGCUGGACCCUCAGCUGCCGGAGAGCCAAGUUCCUGGUGGGGAAACUGGAAAAUCUGUUACGGUGGAGGUGCCGGGAUGUAACGUUCCUGGCACGGCGUUCCUGGGCCCCCAGGGCAGCUCGCCCAGAAUUGAAGCAAAUGGACAGAUGGGGAACCUGGACGCAGGGAGAUGUCAAAGCCCCCGGCGCUGA